GAGAAGACGAAGAGCACCGAAACGCGGUCGGAGAAAGUUGUUCUUAUUCGACUUCGCUGUCAAUCCUGGAAAUCAACAACAAUUCGCGAAUAUUUGUUCAUAUCCAUCGUUUUCUCUUCGAUUAUUGAGGUCGAGGCUUUUUUUUCGAGUCCACAGUUGGCACGAUGGUUCAAUUAUUCGAAAUUGCAGGUGGGAAGGAGUGGGAGAAGCUGAUGAUAUCAAAAGGAAAUGUUGUAAUGGGAGUUCUGCUUUGCACAUAAAUAGCAUUAAAUAAAUAGAAUUCAGAAGAUUAUUGUAGUAAACUGUAGGCGGACAUGAACUGUAGCUGCUUUGGUUCCUCAGUUGUGCAUCGGAAAAAGGGCGAUGUCCGUGCUGAGAGAGAUUUAGAAGGGCUUGCAAAAGUGAAAAAUUUCAAAUACAAUGAACUACGAACAGCAACAAAUAAUUUCCAUCCAAGCAAUAAGAUAGGGCGAGGAGGUUUUGGGACAGUUUACAAGGGAAUCCUAAAAAAUGGAAUACAAAUCGCAGUGAAGACACUUUCUGCUGAAUCAAAGCAGGGGGUGCAUGAGUUUUUGACCGAGAUUGAUACCAUAUCAAAUGUCAAGCAUCCAAACCUUGUUGCGUUAAUUGGAUGCUGUGUUCAUGAAACAAACCGGAUUUUGAUAUAUGAAUACUUAGAAAAUGGCAGCCUUGACCGCGCACUGUUAGGUGGGUUGAAAAGCUAG